CUUGCAUGUUUACACAUUUUAGACAUGUACAGAGCUAUAUUUUGUAUUGUGUACCUAUAAAGGUUACUUUAAACUCCUCUCUGACAGUCCAUGAUGACUACAACAACGAUUCCAAAGCCUCAGCUGAGGAAUCUUCUGCAAACCAGAAUCACCAAAGCUAUAUAUGGAGCUGUUGCAUGCUCUAUAUUAGGAGGACUUGCUUGGAAAUACAUGGUAAUGGAGCCAAGGAAGAAGAAAUAUGCUGAAUUUUACAAAACCUACGAUCCAGUAAAGAGGCUAAAACUUAUGUGUGAUAGAGGGCUUUUGCAAGCUUGUGGUCCAAAUACAGAAAAUUGAAUUUGAUUUACAAUAUAAAUAGUGAUGAUUAUACCAAUCUUUGAAAACUUUGAUUCAAUGUUUCCGGUAUAACAUAAAUAAAACCCAAUUAAAGUUAAAAAAAUAUAACACUAAAAAAAA